CCACAGCAGAAAACUUUCUUUUUCAUAAAUGAGAAUGAAUGGAAGGAGUUACGGCAACAUCAGUCAGGAAGACUAUUUAAAGGACUGCAGUGGACAAAUAUAAUUGCUAGUGGAAUCAGAACCCUUAAUCCGUACUGCAGUUUUGGAUUUCGGAGACACAGUGUGAAAAAACUCUCUUCAAGAUCAAAGGCACCGGUUUUCAGGUGUAUGGGGUACUGCAGAUUUCAGGACUGCCCUGUUACUGUGGAUGUGGUGGUUUAUGACGAAGAGACACUGAAAGCAGAAGUCGUUUUUAAAGGAGGUGAGGUCUGCCAUAAUAACAAAGAGCUGAAAAGGCGGCCUGUGCGUGCACAAUCACGUCAAAGUGCUGGAGAACUCCUCAAAAAAACAUUACCAAGGAGCUUGUACUUGGAGUCUUUACAGAAAGUGCCACAAAAGGUGAUCCAAUCUGGCAACAGGGAUGAUGCUCCAACAAAAGAAGUCUUGAAAAACAUUGCAUGGUCUGAAAGAAAAGCCAGUAGAGCAGAUCCCAACGAGUUGAUGAGCUUACAAAAGAUAAUUCAACAGUAUCAGGACACUGAAAAGGAUGUACUGCAGAAGAUUCUGAUGCAUCCAAAGGGCAUAAUGCUGUGGUCUAAGAAAACCUUGUCAGUUUUUCAUCAAAGAUGCAAAGAAGACAUUGUGUACUUUGAUGCCACUGGAAGUAUAAUAAGAAAAGAAAGUGCUGGAAGGCCACCAUAUUAUGUGUAUGAGUUGGUUGUCAGAAACCCAUCCAAAGGUGCUUCUCCUCUUCCACUUGCUACAUAUGUCACAUGUGACCACACUACUGCCUCUGUGACAUACUUCUUGCAGGCCUUUCAGACUGAUCUGGUAAGAGCAUUUGGUAAUCGGGCCUACAACAGGCCUGUCAUGUUCAUGUGUGAUGGAUCCCUAGUACUCCUUCGAUCCAUUUCCAUGACAUUCUGCAGAACAAGUCUAGAGGAUCUGCUGCAGAAGUACUAUGUCUUACUCACUGGCCAGCAUUCAGCACAGGAAUUCAACAUUCCCAUUCUUCAUCGAUGUUUGAGCCAUGUCAUGAAAAAUGCCAAGGACCUUUGUAAAAAACACAUUCCAGAGAACUACAGGCUUGGAAUGCAUGUGUUUGGGCUCCUUGCAUGCUGUGAUAACUUAAAAAGACAUGGAUGA